AGCCCAAACCCAAACCCAAACCCAAACCCACCCAAUAACCCCACCCAUCGACUACAAAGCCAUUCCGAUUUCACAUAUGGCUUCCACACUGUGUUGCAGAGCCAGGGCUUCACCCAUUUUCUCCUCCUCCUCCACUAUACGACGUCGUUUGCCCCUGAUUGGGGCGUUUUGCAUGCUCAGCUUUGGCUUUUGCAAUCUCUCUCCUUCAUUUUCUUCAUCUUUCUCCGUCAAAACGGGUUGUGCGCAGUCUCUCCCUUUUGUCCCUCUCUUAAAAUCAAAGUUCAGUACCCAAACACCAGCUAAGAGCUCUAGUUCUAUCAGAAUGGAGAGUGGUAGCGACACUGUUCCCAGCAUCGUGGUCUACGUUACUGUACCCAACAAAGAAGAAGGAAAGAAGUUGGCGGAAAGCAUUGUUAGGGAAAAACUUGCAGCUUGUGUUAACCGAGUACCAGGUAUUGAAUCAGUCUACGAGUGGGAAGGAAAGAUCCAGUCAGAUACUGAAGAACUUCUCAUAAUCAAGACUAGACAAUCCCUUUUGGAAGCGUUGACGAAACAUGUUGAGGAAAAUCAUCCAUACGAGGUUCCAGAAGUUAUCGCCUUGCCAAUCCACGGGGGAAGUACACCGUACCUAAAAUGGCUCAAAAACAACACAAGAGACUGAUUUCUUCUUUAAAGCUAAUAAGAGAGUUCAAGCACAUAUCUAGAAUGUCGGGAGUGUUGCAUAUUAUAAGUACGUGGAAUUGGGAGUUUUCUUCUGAUUUCCUCUCUCUCUCUCUCUCUCUCUCUCUCGGUGUGUUAAUGCAUGUUGAUAAAAUCUUAAUAUAACAUAAUGAUUCUCUAAUCUACUUAGUCAAAUUUGAAAUAUUUUAGAUUUCUUAUUAUUUAGUGUAAUUAUUAAUUUUGUCUUUA